AUCUCAUCAUAGGUUGAUCAACUAGCUCAAAUUUCUAUCAUUUCUGGCAAAGAAAAUUCUUUACAAAUUACAAAACAUUGUUUGUAAACUUUUUUCAAAACAAAAACAACAACAACAAUCUCCGUGAUAAUGAUGGAGAUUCCACCAUCGAUUACAAAUUUAAUGAAUGAUGAUGACAGUGAUGAUAAUAUCCUUCCAAAACAACAACAUAGUGAUGUGAAAAUUGUUAAAAAUUCACCAGCAACAAAUGUUAUUGAACCACAGUCAUCAUCAGUGAAUGUACCAAAUCAAUUCGAACAACGACCACCACCACGUUUAUAUCUUUUAUAUGGAAUAAUUAUAUUACAAACAGUAAUAUUUAUAUCGGAAAUAAUUAUCGAUCAAAUGGUACAUUCAAUGCUUAUAUUGGCUGAUGCAUAUCAUCAUUUAUUUAAUUCAUUCAAUGCAAUAUUAUUGGUCGUUUGUUAUAAGAUUUCCAAUCAAAUAACCGUUAAAAAUACAUUCGGUUGGGUACGAACCGAAUUACUUGGAAUGUUAACAAUGAUUACAUUUAUUGUUGCGUUAAUAUUUUCAUUACUAAUUGAAGGUGCUUUACAAUUAUUACAUUUACAUGAAAUUGCUGGUCCAACAAAUCCAAAAAUUUUAAUUAUUUUUGGUGUUUGGAGUUUGAUUGUUAACAUUUUAUAUGUAUUAACAAUCAAUGGCGUUAUGACCGAUAAGAAAUAUAAACAAACAACACAAAAAGAACGUUCAUUUUCAACGGCCAAAUGUCAACGUCGUCGUUUAUCAUUAUCAUCAUUAUCAUCAUCAACGAAAAAAUCCGAAACAAAAACAAAUAAAAAUACAAUUUUAAUCAAAACAGCUAAAUUAACUAAAACAACUAUUUCAACAACAACAACAACAACACCAACAUUUCCACGUAAUAAAAUUCAAGAACCGGAUGAAAAUAUUGAUUUAAUCAAUAAUGAUGAUGAUGAUGAUAAUGAUAAUAAUCAUCGUACAGCAACAAUGGAUCCAACAUCAUUAAUGGAUGAAGCAUAUCGUAUUGAAUUUAGUGCAUCACCAUUACCACAAUCAUCAUCAUCAUCAUCUGAAUCUGAUUGUUUUUGUCGUUCAUUCAUACAGGGAAUAUUAAGUCCUUGUUUUGUUAUAUUUUGUAGUUUUCUUAUUACAUUAGCACAACAUGGUAAUUUACAAGGUUAUUGGGAAAUGACAACCGUUGAAAUGAUUGAUCCACUUAUUGGUAUUAUAACGGCAAUUAGUUUAUGUAUAACAUUUUAUCCACAAUUGAAAAAUACUUUUUUAAUUCUAAUGCAAACAGUACCGGAAGGUGUAAAUAUUGUUCAAUUAAAACGUGAAUUACUUGAUCGUUUUCAAAUGAUUGAAAAUAUUCAUGAAUUUCAUAUUUGGUUAUUGAAUGCAUCGGAUAUUGUCGUAACAUGUCAUAUUGUUUUACCACCACAAAAUACAGCCGAAUAUAGUCGAUUAUUUGAUGAAAUUAAACAAUUUCUUCAACAAAAAUAUGGUAUACGUUAUAUAACAAUACAGCCAGAAUUUACAACAAAUAAUAAUAAUAAUAAUAAUUAUAAUUAUAAUCAUCAUUAUCAUAAUUAUCAAAUUGAACGUGAUCAACGUAGAUAUUCAAGUAAUCAUUGUAAUAAUCAAUGUUUAGUUAAAUGUCCAUGUGAUAGUGAUGGUAAAUGUGAUCAAUGUUUAAUUAAAAGUUGUUGUAAUAAUAAUGAUAUAACAACAACAACAACAAUCGAUAGUAUUGUUGUUGUUGACCAUCACCAUCAUUCGAAUAUUCGUUCUGAAACAUAAAACACAUAACAUUCGAUUAUAUAAUCAAUCAAGAAUUUUUAUUAUAUUUUUUUUUGAAAUUUAUUCUUCUUUAAAAAAUUUUUUUUUAAUAAAUUAAAAUAUCAAAACAAU